UUUUUAAACUGUAACCCGAGAAGCGGAAAAUGGAUUGUGUUAUUUUAUAUUUUUUCCUAAUAUUUAUUAAAGGGACUCAUGCCUUCCGGUAUAGCAUCGCCAACAAUCUUCAAGCAUAUAUGCCCAAUGUGUGUAUGGAGAGAGAGGUGACGCUCGUCGCCCAGAGGCAGCCGUGUGUGCAGGCCUUCACACGCAUGGUUAAAGUGUGGAAGCAAGGCUGUGUGGGACAGUCAUGGUGCAUGGGAUACGAGAGAAGGACAGCAUACUACACAGCAUACAGACAAGUGUACAGACAGGAUUAUCAGACUGUGUACAAGUGUUGCCCUGGAUGGUCUCAACUUAAUGGAGAGGCUGGUUGUCUCUAUCCGGUAUGUAGCUAUGGUGUGUGCUUCAAUGGGGGCCAGUGUCGAGAGGGAUCCACCCAACUCUGUGACUGUCCUGCAGGGUUCAACGGGCCCAGCUGCCAGUAUGAUGUGAAUGAAUGUGAGGAGACCAACGGAGGCUGCGAGGCUCUAUGCUGUAACACCAUUGGAAGUUUCUACUGCAGGUGCCCUUCUGGACUAAAACUAAAUGAAGAUGGCAAAACCUGUCAAGAUAUUGAUGAAUGCCAGGUCCAUAAUGGAGGCUGCCAGCACAGAUGUGUUAACACCAGGGGCUCCUACUACUGUGAAUGCCAUCAGGGCUCUCGCUUGCAUGUGGACGGCCGCACCUGCCUCUCUGUCCAUUCCUGCGCCAUCAGCAACGGGGGAUGUGAACACUACUGUGUGCAGCAGUCUGCUGCUCAUUUCCGCUGCCGCUGCAAGCCAAGUUAUGAACUGGCAGAGGAUGGCAAGCAUUGUAAAUUGCAAAACCCCUGUGCAGAUCAGAAUGGAGGCUGCAUGCACGAGUGUCACGCUGAUGGCGGCAGGGCACACUGUGAUUGUAGAGCUGGUUACAUCCUGGCUGAAGACGGGAAAACCUGCAAAGAUAUUGAUGAGUGUGAGAUAGAACAAGGCAACUGCUCUCAUGGCUGCCACAACACUCUGGGCUCUUUCGUGUGUGUUUGUAACACAGCCUAUGAGCUUGGAUCUGAUGGAAAACAGUGCUACAGAAUUGAGAUGGAGAUUGUGAACAGCUGUGAGAACAACAACGGUGGCUGUUCGCACCAUUGCCAGCAUUCAACCAGUGGCCCAGUUUGCUCCUGUAACCAUGGUUACAUACUGGAUGACGACCUUAAAACUUGUGUUGACAUCGAUGAAUGUGGAGAGCAGAGCUCCUGCUGUGAGCAGGACUGCACCAACUAUCCCGGGGGUUAUGAAUGCUACUGCUCAGCGGGGUACAGACUCAACUCAGAUGGAUGUAGCUGCGAUGAUGUAGAUGAGUGUCUGGCAGCUAAUGGCGGUUGUGAUCACACAUGCCAGAACAACGCGGGUUCCUUUCAGUGUUUCUGCCGACGGGGUUUCCGUCUGGAUGAGGACCGGCUCUCCUGCAUCCCACUAGAAGAAACAGUUGAGGCCCUCUCCAGUGGAGGUGCCUUUGAGUUGCCUCUUAUUCGUCCCCAGCUCACCUUACUGCAGGACUACAGCCAACCCCUGGAACGCUAUGACGACUAUGAGGACGAUGAGGGGGAGCUGAGAGCCGAGAGUAACCUGGCAGAGAAAUUCGUGUGUUUGGACGACACUUUUGGCAACGACUGCAGUUUGACGUGUGACGACUGUUCUAAUGGAGGAAAAUGUAAUCCAUGGAAAAAUGGCUGUGAUUGUCCUGACGGAUGGACCGGCAUCGUUUGCAACCAGACUUGUCCCGAGGGAUAUUUUGGUCAGAAUUGUUCCUUCCCCUGUAAGUGUAAAAACGGUGCCAGCUGUGAUCCUGUCUCUGGGAGUUGUCGCUGCCCGCCUGGAGUCAGUGGAGACUUGUGCCAGGAUGGCUGUCCAAAGGGAUUCUAUGGGAAGCAGUGCAACAAGAAGUGUAACUGUGCGAAUAACGGUCGCUGCCACCGGACCUACGGUGCAUGUCUGUGUGAUCCUGGUCUCUAUGGGCGCUUCUGCCACCUGCCUUGUCCUAAGUGGACCUUCGGACCUGGCUGCUCUGAGGAGUGUCAGUGCCUCCAGCAGAACACUUUGGAGUGUCACCGUCGUCACGGCACCUGCGUCUGUAAACCCGGUUACCAGGGCAACACCUGCAAGGAAGAAUGCAACCCAGGUACUUUCGGAGCCGGCUGUGAGAAGAAGUGCACCUGCCCGCCAGGAGUGUCAUGUGAUCAUGUGACUGGGGAGUGCCAGCGAAAGUGCCCACCUGGUCGUCAUGGGGAGAACUGUGAUCAAGACUGUCCAGAGGGAAGGUUUGGAACAGGCUGUGUCCAUCCUUGUAACUGCACUGGCGCCCCAUGUAACAAAGUGACUGGACAAUGCAAAUGUCCGCCGGGGACAUCAGGAGAGCACUGUGAGAACUUAUGUCCGGAGGGCUUCUGGGGUCCCGGCUGCACUGAAACCUGCCCUGCUUGUGAGAAUGGUGGUGUUUGUGAUAAACACAACGGAUCGUGCAACUGUCCUCCAGGGUUCAUGGGCAGAAUCUGUCAGAACUCAUGCCCGAGUGGACGUUUCGGUCAGGGGUGCCAAAUGAAGUGUGUGUGUGAAAACAACGCUCGCUGCGACCCAGUGAGCGGGCGGUGUACCUGCGCUCCUGGCUGGACCGGACACAAUUGCAGGAAAGCGUGUGAUGCAGGCCACUGGGGAGUGGACUGUGCAGAAAGCUGCGACUGCAGAAAUGGAGAUGGCAGCUGUGACGCCGUGACGGGCCAAUGCAACUGUGAGGCGGGUUACACUGGAACACACUGCCAUCAGAAGUGCCCAGCAGGUUUGUUUGGUCUUGGUUGUCGCCAUCGAUGUCAGUGUGACAACAAGGCCUUGUGCGACCACGUGAGUGGAGCUUGUACCUGCCAGGUGGGCUGGACUGGAACCUUUUGCGAAAAGCCAUGUCCUCAAGGUUUCUAUGGGCUGGACUGUCAGAAGAAGUGUGUGUGUCUUAACGGCGGGAGCUGUAACCACGUCAGUGGGGUUUGUUCCUGUCCUUCUGGCUGGAUCGGUCCUCUCUGCAACAUGACAUGCCCAACCCAUUUCUAUGGAGAAGGAUGUAACCAAACCUGUAGCUGCCGUAACGGUGGCAUCUGCCACCCGGCCAGCGGGCAGUGUGUCUGUACGCCAGGCUGGACCGGACCCAACUGCACAGAAGAAUGCCCUGCUGGAUUUUAUGGAGCAGACUGUAGGCAGCGCUGCUUGUGUCAGAAUGGAGCCACCUGCAACAAAACCAACGGAAAAUGCACAUGUGCCAGUGGAUGGAUGGGCACAGCCUGUGAACUGGAGUGUGUGGCGGGCCGAUUUGGGGCGGAAUGCCAGCAGCGGUGUGAAUGUGAGAACGGCGGCCAGUGUGACAGACAAACUGGAAGGUGCAGCUGCAGCAGCGGCUGGAUUGGAGAGCACUGUGAGAAAGCCUGUGAACCGGGCCUGUUUGGCACCGACUGUAAGGAACGAUGUCAGUGUGUGCACGGAACGUCCUGUCACCAUGUCACUGGAGAGUGUCAGUGUCUACCAGGGUGGAGAGGAAAGCUCUGUGACAAAGCAUGUUUGCCAGGUUCAUACGGGAUUGGUUGCAUGCAGCGCUGCAGCUGCAGUCAGGGCACGUCUUGCCACCACGUCUCUGGAGAGUGUGGCUGUCCUCCUGGAUUCACUGGAAACGGCUGUGAACAGAUUUGUCUUCCAGGAACAUUUGGGCAGAACUGCAACCAGGUCUGUCAGUGUUCAGAGACAAACCAGCUCUGCCACCCGGUGUCUGGAUCAUGUUACUGCGCUCCAGGUUUCCAGGGCCCCAAAUGUGACCAAAUCUGCGCAGAAGGUCAUUAUGGUCCAAACUGUGAACAAGAGUGCCAGUGUGAAAAUGGAGGGAAGUGUGUCGCCUCCACUGGAGCCUGUGAAUGUCCAGCAGGAUUUAUAGGAGCAUGCUGCAACAUCACUUGUCCUGCCGGGCGUUACGGAGUUGACUGUGCUCGGGUGGCACUCUGUGGAGACGGAGCCCAGAAUGACCCGAUCACCGGUCGGUGUGUGUGCAUACCUGGACGGAGAGGAGAGGACUGUGGACACGGCUGCCCUCCAGGCUGGUUUGGGGAGGACUGUGCUCAACGCUGCAGCUGCAAUAAUGGAGGAGUGUGUGACUCUGCAAGUGGUAACUGUACAUGCAGUCUGGGCUGGAGCGGUGAACACUGCGACAAAGAAUGUCCUGUGGGCAGAUUCGGUGCCAACUGCCAGCUGAAUUGUAAGUGUCAAAAUAACGGCACUUGUGACAGAGUGACAGGGAUGUGUCAGUGUGGUCCAGGAUACUAUGGACAUUUGUGUGAACACGCUUGUCCUCCUGGUCUCCACGGCCCGCUGUGCCAGCUGCAGUGUGACUGUAUGAACGGAGUCUCCUGUCACCCUGCGUCCGGCCAGUGUAUCUGUCCUCCGGGACGCCACGGAGCUCGCUGCCACAGAGUGUGUGAGCAGGGCACCUACGGUCAGGGCUGUGCCGAGGUGUGUGACUGUGACGAUGAUAGUCCGUGUGAUCCUGUGACGGGACGAUGCCUCUGCUCGUCAGGGAAGACUGGACCCAGAUGUGACAUUGAAUGCAAAGUGAAUCGUUACGGGCCAGACUGCACAGAGACCUGCGAGUGUGACAACGGGGCGCAGUGCGACCGUCGUAACGGCCGCUGCAGCUGCCUGCACAGCUGGAUUGGACUCUACUGUCAGGAAGGUGGACCUCUACGCCUCACCUCCGAAAGCAGCGGAGGAGACUCGCAUCACAACAACUCAUUAUAGCACCAACACCAAGCUGGAAGAACAAACUGGGACAGAUCAGCUGUUUUUUACUGAAGUGACUCAAGUGAG